CCCCCAAACCCAAAAGAAAAAAAGCAAAAAAGAAAAAGAAAAUCCAACACACCCACCAAAUUAAACCCUACACCAUCCUCUCUCCCUCCCUCUCCUUGAUCAUCAACUAUAUACAAGCUUUCUACAAACAAACCCUAAUUAUGUCAUAUACCAAAUUCAAAACCAUCAAUAAAUGAUGAGUAGUGGUGCAAACCCUAGCUGUAGCGGCAGCGGAGGAGGAGGAGGAGGAAGUGGUGGUGGUGGUGGAGCAGGGCCGUGUGGCGCGUGCAAGUUCUUGAGGAGGAAGUGUGUGGCUGGUUGCAUAUUUGCACCUUAUUUUGAUUCGGAACAAGGCGCGGCUCAUUUUGCGGCGGUGCACAAAGUGUUUGGGGCAAGUAAUGUGUCGAAGCUUCUUCUACACAUUCCGGUUCACAAGAGGCUCGAUGCGGUGGUCACUAUUUGUUAUGAGGCUCAGGCACGGCUGAGAGACCCCGUCUACGGUUGUGUUGCUCACAUCUUUGCCCUCCAACAACAGGUGGUGAAUUUACAGGCGGAGGUCUCAUACUUGCAAGCACAUCUAGCAACACUGGAGCUGCCAUCACCACCACCACCUCCAACGCUAAUGAUUCCACAACCUCUAUCCAUAUCUGACCUCCCACAGAUCUCCUCCAUGCCCACCUCGUAUGAUCUAUCCUUCCUUUUUGAUCCAUUAACGGUGCAACCUUCAUGGACCAUGCAGCAAAGGCAAAUGGAUUCACGUCAAUAUGGUGGCAGUGGUGGUGACGGCGGCGGUGGGGAUUUACAAGCAUUGGCUCGUGAACUCCUCCAUAGACAUAGUGGAUCUCCUCCACAUCAUGCAUGCAAUGACCCUUCAACAUCACCUUCUACUAUGUCUAGAUGAGUCUGCUGACCUGAAGUUUCGUAUUGACAUUGAGUACUUGCUUGGAUGGAUAUGCUAUGAAGGGAGCUUAAUUAUUUUUUAUUUACGUUGUUUUAGUGAGCAAGUAAUUUUAAUUCCUGACUUUAUUAUCCUGCAAUUAUUGUUUCUUUUA